GGGACGGCUCCCAAAGCGGCGGCGUCGUCGGAACUGUCCCAGAAGGUGCCGUCGGAGAUACGGUGUCUGAUGCAGCCGAAAUUUAGACAUGGGCGAAUCUCGCUCGGGCCCUGGCCUUUUUGCGCCUUGUCGUCCCUCCGUAUGCGUAUUGGCUCAAGCCGUUUGGAUUGACGGUAUGUUUGCUCAAGUUGGCUUUUGGGCGUGUUUUGAUGGAGACGUGAUGUCCUAUGUACUGAAGGCCUCUUUGACUUUAUCUACCUUGCCUUGGCUGUUGGUGGUUCUUCUGUGGCAUACCGCCCAUCAUCUUCUGCGGCAGCCCGUAGAGGAUCUUCUGCGAUCUUAUGCGGCAGUCUCCUUUACACUUGCCGCACCGUCGACGGGCAGAUGCACCAGUGACGCCAGCCUGGUGCACUUCUUCUCGCACCUGUCCUCCCCCGAUCCCGAGAGGCAGCGGCUCUUCGCGGAGGCCGGAAGGAUAGAUAUUUUAAAUGGGUACGCGUCCAGCUCGAUUUGGAUCGACAGGGUUCACACCUACACCGAGCUGCCGCCCGAAUUGUUGGGCGACGCGCGCUGGGAGAAGCAUCUGAAUGCUUCGAGGGGCCACGGCUUCUGGUUCUGGAACGUAGGCUUGGCGAAUCUCCUCAUGAAGUCUGGACGGAUCUGUGACCGCGACGUAUUGAUAUAUCCGGAUUCGGAUUUUGCUUGCUUCGCCAAGCCGCAGUUCGACGCUUACAUUCAAGGGGUGGUUUCUCUAUUGGAAGCGACAAGCGUCGACAUGGUUGUGCAGCCCCAGCCGGAGAGAUUCAUGGAGCGAAAGUGGACGAAGGGUGACGUUUUCCGUCGGUUCGGUACUGAUUGGAGGAGCUAUGAAUUUGGUGGUUCGGACCAAAUUACGAGUCAGCGUUUUGCUCUGAGAGUCAACAAUCGUACUCGCGAGUUCCUUGAUCAAUGGGAGACGUUGGCAUCUGAUUUCCAGCUAAUCUCAGAUGCAACAUCGAUAUCACCCGACCCGCCAGGUAGCGUUCAUUACCGACAUGACCAGAGCUUAUUUUCGAUGCUGGUCAAGGCCACGGUGGCGUCAACGUCUCACAUGCGGUUUGGUGUGGCUAAUUUGACAAUUUCAAUGGGCGACGGUUUCGGGCAUGUACAUCCGCAGUGCCAUGACGCUGCCACAGUUGUACGACCAUGGCAACUGGAGUUGCAAAAUCAAAGUAACAACCCAAAGGCCAUGCAAACACGUCCGAAUGCUUAAUCCCCUGAGCCAAGACUACACAAUACUGCCAACUCUCUGGACGGCAUACAUCUCAACGUCGGCUGCCCAGUUUUGGAUCGUGCGCUGCUUAGUAUUGCCCGCCAUAGAAAUCGCGAGGUUCAACUUCGAGACUGUGUUCCCUCGGACUGCAACGAAGGAGCGCCAUUCGUGCUGGUGAGCAUUGUAUCGGACAAUGCCUUUCCUGCGUGCCGCCAUGUCGGGCGCCCCUAUAUGCUCGCGCCUGUGCACUUCCGUUUCCCUCCAGUUCCUCCUUCUUCCUCGUCCAUAUAUUCUUACUCCGUGUUUUAUAUUCCUCGUGGCCUCUCUUAAUCUUUCACCCUUUUGCUUUCAUUCAUCUCCUCGAGCCGACGGUCGGGCUCCGCUUAGUGGCGGUGCACGCGGGCUCGGUCCCAGAGGCCUCCUAGAGGGUCACCAGACAACCCCACAUGCGUCGCUCACGUAUUGCCGUGCUUCGCACGUCCAGUACCAAGGUCUGGGGUAGGGAAUGCUUCCUUGCAGUACUGUGUGUACGUAUGCUGGACCGUGCGUCAUCUCUGCGCAUACUAACAGUGCAGUGCUGACGGAUAUCAGACAGCUGAGCCUGAGUUCAACUCUUCGGGUUUUCGGGAGGAAGCCCCCCGCAGACAUAGGCAGCACUUGCACGUGGCUGUUUAUGGAGGUGGGCUGCCGUCCGACACCGUCCGUUGCUCAAGUUUCUCGGUGAUUUCCUAACCGACCCUUUUCACCCUUCCAUGCUUCACACUUCGCUGACACAGUUUAGGGGAUUUUUCCGUGCAGCACUGUGUGUACGUAUGUUUGAUCAUGUGUUCUCUCUGCGUGUACUAACAGUGCAGUGCUAACAGAUACAAUGACAGUUGAGCCUGACUUCAACCUCGGUGGCGAUCGGAAAGAGGC